UGAAAUAUUCAUAAGUUUUUGUGACUGCGUUAUGAAAUAGCGUCAUUAAAAUUAUUUGUGCGAGUUAAAUUUUCGAUCAGUUGUCGUUUCACCAGACGGCAACAUUUUGUUUCGGAAUUGCUCAAAGGCUUAGAAAUGGCAGAAAAUAUAGAUAGUGAUGUCCCAGAGAAAGAGAUCAGUGAUACGUCACUUUUAAAUGGUAGAUUUCUGGCCAACCCUCCAGAAGGUGAAGAAAUUUGCAUAACAGGUUUGUCCGGCGUUUUUCCAAAUUCGAGAGAUGUGGAGCACUACAAGGAUAAUCUGAUGCAGAAGAUAGAUAUGAUAGACGGGGACUUUCGUAGAUGGCAUCCCAUCCAUCCAGAAAUACCUCAGAGAACUGGGAAGAUCUACGAUAUUGGUAAAUUCGACACUGGAUUCUUCGGUAUCCAUCACAGGCAAGCAAACACGAUGGAUCCGAUGGCCAGGAUAAUACUGGAGAAGACAGUAGAGGCCAUCUUCGAUGCUGGCCUACAUCCCUCAGAACUUGAAGGUACCAAAACUGGAGUUUUCGUUGGAGUGUGCUUCGCAGAGAGUGAAAGGGAGAUCUUUUUCGAGUUUCAAGAAACUCAAAAUUUUGCAAUGACUGGCUGUAUGAGAUCUAUGAUGACCAACAGACUGAGCUACUUCUUGAAACUGAAGGGACCAUCCAUGGUAACUGAUACCGCUUGUAGCAGCUCCUUGUACGCAUUGGAGCACGCUUAUAAUGCCAUGAGAAAUGGUCUAUGCGAUAUGGCUAUUGUUGGGGGAUCGAAUUUGUGUCUACACCCUUUCGUAUCUUUACAAUUUGCCAGGUUAGGAGUGCUGAGUGCAGAUGGAUGCUGUAAAUCAUUCGAUAACGCCGGUAAUGGCUACUGUCGUUCAGAAGCUAUAAGUUGCGUCUUGUUGCAGAAAUCCAAAGACGCCAGAAGAAUUUACUCCACGAUUGUGCAUGCCAAAACUGGCUGUGACGGUUACAAAGAGCAAGGAAUCACGUAUCCCUCUGGAGAAAUGCAGAAAAAAUUGCUGGAGGAGUUUUAUUCUGAAUGUGGUGUAGAUCCUAGAUCCCUCAGCUUUCUUGAAGCUCACGGUACAGGUACCAAAGUUGGAGACCCGGAAGAACUGACAGCCAUAGACGAAGUGUUCCGACCAACAGAAGAAAAACCUCUUCUGAUAGGCUCUGUCAAGUCUAAUAUUGGCCAUUCAGAGCCUGCUUCUGGUCUGUGUUCUGUCGCAAAGUGCAUCAUUGGUUUCGAAGAGGGAACUAUUCCACCGAAUCUACACUACACAACACCAAGGGAAGGAGUUAAGGCUCUUGAAGAAGGACGUAUAAAGGUAGUAUCGGAGAAAACGAGGUUUCCAGAUGACAAUGGUCUCAUUGGUAUAAACAGCUUCGGUUUUGGUGGUGGUAACUGCCACGUUCUCCUGAAACACAACACGAAAUUGAAAAAGAAUUCUGGACAGCCCUCAGACGACCUGCCAAGGUUGGUCUGUGUCAGUGGAAGGGUGCCUGAAGCCAUAAAGGAGAUAACUGAAGAUAUAGCUGCUAGGAAACUGGAUGCCGAGUAUAUCCAACUGCUACACGAGAUUUUCAAGGAGGAUAUAGAGUGUCACAACCAUCGAGGGUUCGCCAUAGCAUCCAAGAAGGAAAUGUUGGAGACUUCUUCGCGUUGGUACGAUGGAGAAAGGGUACCAUUGGUCCUUGCACUGGGAUACUUUGAUAAGGACUGGAAGGUACUCGCUAAAGAUCUCCUUGAGUUUCCAGUCUUUGCUCAGACAAUUCAGAAAAUCGACAGUAUUCUCUAUAAGAGAUCUAUAUCUAUCCAGAAAAUUCUGGAGAACUCUAAGAAACCCCAAAAAUCCAGCGAGUACGUUUUGGAGGAGAUUGUAGGAAAUGUGGCCCUCCAAAUAGGAAUAACCAAUCUCCUCAAACAUAUCAGAGUGGAUGUUGACUUCGUGAUUGGUUACGCCGUUGGGGAGAUAGCCAGUGGAUAUUUCGACGACUGUUUGACCUUAGAAGAGGCUGUUUUGAUGUCCUACUGUAUCGGUUUACACUUGGGAAGAAUUUCGAAACCUAGCAGCACUUUGGUCGUGAAAGGAAGGAUCAAAGAGAUGCUCAAAGAGAUACCUGGGAACAUUGAGAUCAUCUGGAGGAAUUCUGAGGAUAUUGUUACGCUAUCUGGAGAUCCUGGUGAGUUGGAGAAGUUUGCUGUGGACUUGGAGAGACGGGGAGCUGAAAUUUUGGCCAAUUAUGGCAGAUCUGAAGUGACAGUCCAUACCAAUCGAAUACGCGAUGUCGAAGGAGAACUGCUGCGUAAUUUGCUCGAAAUUCUUCCCAAACCCAAACAGAGGAGCACCAAGUGGAUAUCAGCCUCCACUUCGAAGGUAGCGUCUGCUGACUACUUCGUAAAAGCCCUUCAAUCUCAGAUUUACCACCAAGAGCUAGACUGUCAUUUUGGAAAGAAGCAGCUUGUGUUGGAAAUUGGAAAGGGUGGGUUCUCGGAACUGCUCGACUUAACAGUGAAGGGAACCACAGAAUCGAUCAGUUUCGGUCAGGAUAUACAGGGUGAUGGCGUGCUUAAGUUCUUGAAGGUGAUUGGAAGGAUAUACGAACGUGGUUUUAACCCUAAAAUUCAGAAUUUAUACCCUGCUAUCCAGUAUCCAGUCAGUCGUGGCACACCAAUGAUCUCCCCUAGGAUCAAGUGGGACCAUUCACAAGAUUGGCACGUGCUGAUAUACAAAGAGGCCCAUUCUAUGAAGAAUGGAGAGAGAUUGAUGGGCAUCAACCCUGCUGAAGAAGACUGGCAGUUUCUGAGUGGUCAUGUGGUAGACGGUAGAAACCUAUUUCCGGCUACUGGUUACCUCUACGUCAUUUGGGACACCCUGUCCAUGAUCAACAGCAUAUCGGAGCUCGAAAUGGUGGUGGUUUUUGAAGGAGUUCGUUUGAAAAGAGCCACUCCAGUCCACAAACAGUUUCUAGAGUUCGACGUGAUGAUACAGAGAAACAGCGGAAAAUUUGAGAUUAUAGAGGGUGGAGUGGAUAUAGUCAGUGGUACUGUACGUUCUGUGCCUAACGAUGAGAAGGUCGAUUUUGCCAACAUCAUGAUACCGAUGGAUCCUGACGAGUGCAUUUUGAAAACGAAAGAUGUCUACAAGGAACUCAGACUCAGAGGUUAUAACUACAAGGGAGCCUUCAGGGGUAUCCAGGAGGUGAACUGCGACGCCACCAGGGGUUUCGUGAAGUGGGAAGGAAACUGGGUCACUUUUAUGGACAACAUGAUGCAGUUGAGGAUACUACAGUUGGAUACAAGACUUUUGUACGUCCCUACAGGUAUCGAGAAGAUGAUCAUCGAUCCAAAACGUCAUCUAGAAUACGUCGAGAGUUUCGGGGAGAAUCCGAUACUUCCAGUUUAUAUUUCAAAGGAUUCUGGAGUGAUCAAAUGUGGCGGUAUAGAGAUAAGGGGAUUGAAGGCCAGCUCCAUACCCAGGAGGAAACAAAGAAGUGCACCUGUCCUGGAAAAGUACCAGUUUGUGCCCAACCGAGCCAAACUAACCAUCGAAGAGUCUCUGAGGGUGAACAUGCAGCUAGGUUUGGAGAAUUUCUUCGGUAUAAAGUUGAAAAUUGUAGAAGUACUGGAUGAAGCGACCAAAGAAGACAGCGAACCUCUAGGUCCAAAGAUAUACGACGUAUACGCUGACCUCCCUUUGAUACAGGUCAAUAUUUCAGUUUUCACCAAAGAAACACUGGAACUUUCUAACGUUACCGUGGAAAAUAAGGAGUUGAGGAAAGAGAGCGACUGUCAUUUGGUCGUUGGUACCAAAAUACUCCAGAGGGCCAUGUUGAUGCAGCAAGCCUUCUCAGCCCUCAAAGAGAGAGCCUUCGUGUUAUCCCGCGAAGAUUUGGACUUUGAUCCAUCCAGCAUGGCUUCCGAAGACCUGGCAGCAGUGGACAUACUGACCAUCCACGAUGUGGGUACCGAGAAAUUGGUUUAUUUCCGCAAGACUUUGGAGACGAAAGAGAGGACAAUCAUCAAGGUCUCAGAGAAGGACGAGGAGUUCAGAUGGCUACCAUCCCUUCAGUCUGCACUGAAGAACGACAAACACGUGCUCGUCUAUGCCCAAAACGAACCUCUGAACGGUCUUAUGGGGCUCUUUAACUGUGCCAGGAGAGAACCUGGAGGCAACAACAUUGUCUGCGUAUUGAUCUACGGGGAAGAAGCACCACCAUUUGACCCCGAGCAUCCCUUCUACAAGGAACAGCUGAGCAGACACAUGGCCAUCAAUAUUUACAAAGAUGGCGCUUGGGGUACUUACCGUCAUUUCUCCUUGAGUGACGUGGAGCAGAUCGAUUGCGAGCACAGUUUCGUAUGUUCAAUGACCAGAGGGGACAUGUCAAGUCUGAGGUGGUUACAGGGAGAGCUUAAUUCAAAGGUUCAGCUACCUCCCGAGAAGACUCUCAUCAAUAUUUACUACGCAGCCCUGAACUUCAGGGACGUAAUGACCACAUCUGGUCGUAUAAACUCUGACGUCAUCACCAUGGAUCGUACCCUUCAAGAAUGUGUUGAAGGCUUCGAGUUUUCUGGUAGGGACUCAAGUGGGAAGAGGGUCAUGGGGAUGGUUGUUCGGGGAGCUUUGUCUACAAUGAUAGCAGCGGACAACUACCUCCUGAUGGACGUGCCCGAUUGUUGGUCUUUAGAAGAGGCUGCUACCUUGCCAGUAGUCUACGGAACCAUAAUUCAUGCUUUGAAAGGGGUGGGUAAAAUGAAGAACGGUGAAACAGUGCUGAUCCAUUCAGGAACUGGUGGAGUUGGCCAAGCAGCCAUCAACUUUGCCUUGUGCUUCGGUUGUAACGUUUUCACGACUGUUGGUACCCCAGAGAAGAAGAAGUUGUUGAAGGAAUUGUUCCCACAACUUAAAGAAAGCCAUAUAGGAAACUCAAGGGAUACCAGCUUCGAGAAGAUGGUCAAGCAACGAACUGGAGGUCGUGGUGUUGAUAUAGUGUUGAAUUCCCUGGCGGAGGACAAGCAACAAGCUUCGAUACGAUGCUUGGCCAAAGGGGGACGAUUCCUAGAAAUCGGAAAAUUUGACUUGGCCAGCAACAAUUCGCUGUGUCUGAAGAUGUUGGAGAGGAACUGCUCCUUCCACGGUAUCAUGUUGGAUCAAUUCUUCACGGCUCAUCCAUCCAGGAAGAAAAUGUUCGGGGAAAUACUCACCAAGGGUAUAGCAGAUGGCUCAAUAAAACCCCUUCAAACCACAGUAUUCAAAAUGAACGAAGUCGAACAAGCUUUUCGACAUAUGGCUUCUGGAAAGCAUACAGGAAAAGUGUUGAUCAAAAUACAAGAUGAGGAAAACCAGAAGGAUGCCAUACCACCUGUGAUUCACACCAAAGCUAAACCAAGGUUCACUUGCGAGGCAGAUAAGGCGUAUGUUAUCACAGGAGGUCUUGGUGGUUUUGGUCUGGAACUCGCCGAUUGGUUGAUCAUGAGAGGGGCGAAAAGGAUAUUGCUGACUUCGAGAACUGGAGUGCAAAAUGGAUAUCAGGAAUAUAGGUUGAAGACUUGGAAAACCUAUGGCGCAACCAUCAAGAUCUCAACAGCUGAUAUAACCACCAAGGAGGGAUGCGACCAACUGAUAACAGAAGCGAAGCAACUAGGACCGAUAGAAAGCAUUUUUAAUCUUGCUGUCGUACUGAGGGAUGCCCUGUUGGAAAACCAGAGCCCAGAGGGUUUCAGGAUCUCUUUUGGUCCUAAAUCAGUGGCUACGAAGCAUCUGGAUGAAAUAACGAGGCUGCGAUGUCCUGAGUUGAGGGACUUCGUGGUGUUUUCAUCGGUUUCCUGUGGAAGAGGCAACGCUGGUCAGACGAACUACGGAAUGGCUAACUCGAUAAUGGAGAGGAUAUGCGAGAAGAGAAGAAAAGAAGGCUAUCCAGCCCUUGCAAUACAAUGGGGAGCUGUUGGAGAUGUUGGCUUAGUGGCGGAAAUGAUGGAAGAGCAAACUGAAAUGGAGAUUGGUGGUACGUUGCAGCAGAGGAUAACCAGUUGUUUGCAAGUGAUGGACACCUUCUUGAGGCAGAAAGAGGCGAGCGUAGUGGCGAGCAUGUUGGUAGCUGAAAAAAGAAGUGGCAGUGGUGGAGCUGAUAAUAUAGUGGAUGCUGUAGCAAAUAUUCUAGGCAUAAAGAAACAGAGUGUAUCUCCCCACGCCACACUAUCAGAACUAGGAAUGGACUCUAUGACAGCUGUCGAAAUCAAACAGGUGUUGGAGAGGGAAUUCGAGGUUUUCCUCACAGCUCAAGACAUAAGAAGCAUGACAUUCGCCAGACUACAAGAAAUCCAGGAGACCAAGGAGAAGGACAAGGAAUCUGGAAAGGUGACCCAGCGGCUGCCCAGAGGUUUCGAGCUCAUUUUGCGUUACCUGGGAGACGAGAACACCUCGACCAUCCCAGUAUUGAGGCUUCCCAGCCUCGUGGAAGACGAUCCCGAAGACGUGCCUUACAUCUUCUGUUUCCCAGGUAUUGAAGGUUUCGCGACAUCCUUAAAACCUCUGGUGGCUAACAUCAAGGCCAAGAUUAUAGGGAUACAGUUCUGUUAUAAGAAUCCCACCAAUAGCUACAAGGAUCUGGCGAGGGAAUCCGAAGAGCAAAUUUUGAAGUACGUCAGCAUCAGUGAUCCAGUGCACAUGAUAACCUACUCCUGGGGAACCAUUAUAGCCCUUGAAACCAUGUCUUCUUUGGAGAAGAAAGGGUACAAGGGUACCAUCACCUGUAUAGAUGGAGCCCCCGAUAUGCUUGCAGAAAUGUGCAAGCAAGAGAUGAAGACUGGGUCAGAAGCUGAGUUCGAAACAAUAAUUCUGUGCCAUCUGAUGGCCAUGUAUCUUCCUUAUGACAUAAUCUUGAAGAAUAGGGAAAAGAUCUACCGGUGUGGUACCUUCGACGAGAGGCUGCUGGUAGCCCAUAAGAUUUCAGCCCAUGACGCUACGCACUCACCGCAGUACCAGAAGAAGGUGGCGGUUGGAUUCCAUACAAGGCUGAAGGAGCUAAGGACGUAUGAGCCAGAUUACCCCAAGAUUAUGUCGGCUGUCAGACUCUUCAAGCCUUCUACCUUGAGCGUUCAGAAUUUCGCGGAAGAUUACAAUCUUUCAAGACUGUGCGCUAAUCUAGUGGAAGUAAGACUUUUCGAGGGCAACCAUAUAACGAUAUUAGAUAAUCCAUCUGUAGCUGAGGCCAUAAACGAAAUUUUGGGUCUGACCCCGAAGACUCCAGAAAUUACUGUUCAAACCAAAGACCCUAGUGAGGUGUAGCCAAAAUAGAAAAAUUGUUUGAGACUUAAUAAAUAAUAUAAAGAA